CACAAACUCAUUGCGUCGAAAGAGUGUUUUGUCACCUCUGCAGCGAAGUUGCGUUCGUGAGAAGUAACGCUUUUUAGAAACGGUCAAGAAAUGUGAAAUCGAAGGCUUUCAUGGCAGACGGCAUCCAUAGUUUCUUGUAGGUUUUCAGGCAAAAUGUGGCCCUGUUCUAGAAGGGUUUCUUCCUGACGUUUCGCCGGCAGCAUCUGUGGCUUUGGCAUCUUCAGGGAAUUGCAGAAACGGCUCAAGGUUCAAGCGGACAGCUUUGUGUUGAAAGGCAAGACAACCUUUUAAAAGAGUGAAACAUAUCUCAAAUUGUGGCGUCUUUUCCCUUGUGGCCCAAGGGCUCUCCACUUGGAAGAGUAAUGUUUCCUGACUGAGUCUCUCUUGUCAUUCCUGGAAGCCUAGUUGUGCCUCUCUUUUAGAUCAUGGUUUCGGAAGGACUGCCGCUGACCCCAGAGUUCCUCAAUUCAGGCCGGUGUUUUCUGUGCAGUUCAAGAAGAAGCCAAAGAGGAAGCAAAGGGGGAGAAGGGAGAGGCCGCCGCCGCCGCCGCUGCUAGCUUUGCAAGCGCCAGGAGAGAUACGCCUGAAACGGGUGCGAGAGACGGGGCGCCUGCGGAGAUGCAGAGCAUCAAGUGUGUGGUGGUGGGCGACGGGGCGGUGGGCAAGACCUGCCUCCUGAUCUGCUACACGACCAACGCCUUCCCCAACGAGUACAUCCCCACCGUCUUCGACAACUACAGUGCCCAGAACACGGUGGACGGACGGACGAUCAACCUGAACCUGUGGGACACAGCGGGCCAGGAGGAGUACGACCGCCUCCGGACCCUCUCCUACCCACAGACCAAUGUCUUCAUCAUCUGCUUCUCCAUCGCCAGCCCUUCCUCCUACGAGAACGUCAAGCACAAGUGGUACCCAGAGGUCUGCCACCACUGUCCGGACGUGCCCAUCCUCCUCGUGGGCACCAAGAAGGACCUCCGGAGCAACCCGGAGGCCGUGAAGAAGCUGAAGGAGCAGAAUCAGCUGCCCAUCACCCCGCAGCAAGGGGCGGCUCUGUCCAAGCAGAUCCAUGCGGUCAAGUACAUGGAGUGCUCGGCCCUCAACCAGGAGGGCAUCAAGGACGUCUUCACUGAGGCCGUCCGGGCGGUUCUGAACCCAGCUCCAGCCAAACCCAAGAAAGUCUGCGUCCUCUUGUGAAGGAGGGCUAUUCUGCUGCUCUCCACAGAACGCUGUUGAUCCGGCAGAAGGAUUUUGGCCCACGAGGGGCUCAGAAAAGGGUGGAUCGCCUCCCUUCACCUUCUACCUUGGCCGAAUCUGGGAUCAUCCCCACCCCACCUGGCUUUCUCUGUGUCUUCCUCUGCCCAGACUUUGCUCCCUUUUAAUUCAGGAAUUACCCAGACGCUCAGGGUGUCAACAAAACUGAAAACCAGGAAAAAAUCACUAAGGCACUAAUCCAGUUUAGGCUUUUGGUUCGACAUCACGGUCCUUUGCUGUAGGAGAGCCAGAUGUCCCCAUUCCUGUUUGGUUGUCAGAAACUCGUUUCUGCCCCACUCCUGCAACUGAAAGGACAUUAUUUUAUUAUUCCAAAACCCAUCACUCUUAUUAUUUGCUAACGUAUCCAAGAAUUUGGGAAGUUGAAGGGUUUCAUGGCCGGCAACCAUUGUUUUUUGUGGGUUUUUUGGGCUAUGGGGCCAUGUUUUAGAAGAGUUUAUUCCUGAUGUUUUGCCAGCAUCCGUGGAUGGCAUCUUCAGAGAAUGGAGAACAUGGCCACAUAGCCUGAAAAACCCACAAAAAAAAAACACUAUAUCCAAGAAAUUGCUCGGCAGACAGGACGCCUCAGGAGAGAGCAAGCAAGGAGAGGAGGCCAAGGAAGGCCAAGCCAUCUGCUCCAAUGGAGGUUGUCCUCUGGCGUCCAGAUGCGGGUCUUGUAGGAGGCUGCCUUGCACUGGGUGGUCAGCAAGGCCCUGGGGCCGGAUGGGAAGAGACUGCUCACCGGGCCGGACUGAAAUGGCCACCUGUGCAAUUCCAGCUUGGAAAGAGACAGCUGUCAACAGCAUUGAACUUCGGAAGGCUUUCCUCUUCUCUCCAGGAAGAGCCUUGGUGGACUUGAAUUUGCUUUACUGGAGCUCAUCGGAUUCCAGGGAUCCCCUCACGUUCCCAUGCUGAUCCUUUCCUGCCUUUCUCAGAGUAGACCCCUUGCUGCUUCACCCAGAAUCCCUCCCUGCCUUAUCGAUCUGCUGUCAUACACAGCAACCUGUUUCCAUCGCAAGGACCGAGCCUCUGUUUGUGCAGAUGUACGUUCAAAUCGCCUGCCGAUUUAUGGAAACCCCACAGAUUUUUCAUAGGGUCUUCUUAGGCAAAGGAAUCCCACUCAGAGAUGGUUUUGCCAGUUCCUUCCACUGCUUGCAGAGCCUGGGAUUCCUUAGCAGUCUCCUAUCCAAACACUAGCCAGGCCUGACCUUGCUUAGCGCCCAUCAUCAGGGGGAAUUUGGGGCCUUUAGGGGAUUUAGACUAUGUGUGCCAAUGUGCCUUCAAGUCACCUGUCGACCUAUGGACUUCAAAAGGUUUCCGUAUGCAAGGAAAAAGUCGAAGGUGGUUUUGCCAAUUCCCUCUUCUGAAACAGAGCCAACAGCACCUGGCAUUCUUCGGUGGUCUCCCACCCAAGGGCUAACCAAGAUUGACCCUCCUUAGCUUCCAAGAUCAGAUGGGACCUGAU